GGCCACGCGCCGCUCCCCUCCUGGUGCUGCCUGCCGCCCUCCUCGGCCUUCUUGUGGCCCCCAUCGCCCCCAUCCCUGAAGCCUCCGCGCGGUCGUCUCUGCUAAGUCAUUAAGUAACUGCGAAGGAGGCCGCAACAUGUCUGACAAACUGCCCUACAAAGUCGCUGACAUCAGCCUGGCUGCCUGGGGACGCAAGGCCCUGGACAUAGCAGAGAAUGAGAUGCCUGGCCUGAUGAAACUUCGAGAGAUGUACUCAGCCUCCAAGCCCCUGAAGGGUGCCCGGAUUGCUGGCUGCCUCCACAUGACCGUGGAAACAGCUGUUCUUAUUGAGACCCUGGUGGCCCUGGGAGCCGAGGUACAGUGGUCCAGUUGCAACAUUUUCUCCACCCAGGACCACGCAGCAGCUGCCAUUGCCAAAACUGGAAUUCCUGUGUAUGCUUGGAAGGGGGAGACUGAUGAGGAAUACCUCUGGUGCAUCGAGCAGACCCUCUAUUUCAAGGAUGGGCAGCCCCUCAACAUGAUCCUGGAUGAUGGUGGGGACCUCACCAACCUUAUUCAUACCAAAUACCCUGAGCUCCUAAAGGGCAUUAGAGGCAUCUCAGAGGAAACCACCACAGGCGUCCACAAUCUGUACAAGAUGAAGGUCAAUGGAGUCCUGAAAGUGCCAGCCAUCAAUGUGAAUGAUUCUGUUACUAAGAGCAAAUUUGACAACUUGUAUGGCUGCCGUGAGUCCCUCAUCGAUGGCAUCAAACGAGCCACAGAUGUGAUGAUUGCAGGCAAGGUGGCUGUGGUGGCAGGCUAUGGUGAUGUGGGCAAGGGCUGUGCUCAGGCUCUUCGGGGCUUUGGUGCCCGGGUCAUCAUCACCGAGAUAGACCCUAUCAAUGCACUGCAGGCCUCUAUGGAGGGUUACGAGGUGACCACCAUGGAUGAGGCCUGCAAAGAGGGAAACAUCUUUGUCACCACCACGGGAUGCAUAGACAUCAUCUUGGGCAGGCACUUUGAGCAGAUGAAGGACGACGCCAUAGUGUGUAACAUAGGCCACUUUGAUGUGGAAAUAGAUGUCCAGUGGCUGAAUCAGAAUUCUGUGGAGAAAGUGAACGUGAAGCCUCAGGUGGACCGCUAUAAGCUGAAGAAUGGGCGACGGAUCAUCCUGCUGGCAGAAGGCCGUCUGGUCAACCUGGGCUGUGCUAUGGGCCAUCCCAGCUUUGUCAUGAGCAAUUCCUUCAGCAACCAGGUGUUGGCCCAGAUUGAGCUGUGGACCCAUCCGGACAAGUACCCUGUGGGAGUACACUUCCUCCCCAAGAAGCUGGAUGAAGCUGUGGCUGAGGCCCACCUUGGCAAACUGAAUGUGAAGCUAACAAAGCUGACAGAAAAACAGUCCAAGUACCUGGGCCUCUCCACAGAGGGCCCCUUCAAACCUGACCACUACCGGUACUGAGUCCUGCCCAGCUCAAAGACUCCCAGUGACCAACCACAUUUUCUGGCCUUUCCAGCCCCUCCUGCACAGAGUAAUAAAGGGCAUCUCUGCUGUGUCAUCCCCGUA